UCCCGAAUCGAGGAGCAACGAUCGGAGCUGCCAACACCAAACAUUACGCUCGACGCGGAAGCUAAUGAUGCGCGUGCUGUGGUUCCAGCAUCGGUUAACUCAAACAGUGGGGCCACCGUACCGGAUGAGGACUUUUUCUCGCUUAUCAUGCGUCUCCAGGGUGGUCGCAUGGAGGAUCAACGAGCAACGGUACCCCAUCACAAUCAGCUAAACCGCAGCGCCAGCCAACCGACCAAUCAUAAUGGCAAUAAUGGUGGUAACCAUCAGCCCGGUAGCAUCGCUAGCAAUGGAAAUGCUGCCAGUAGCAGUGUCGCAAAUGGCCAGGUUAACAAUAAUAACACUAGCAACGGGGGCGGUGGUGGAAAAGGCUUAAAAUGAUUUUACUCUCUCGAUCGUUAGUGAGAACCCCAUCGGCACUCACUGGCGGUCCUGGCAAAAGCGUGGCUGUGUAGAGCAGCGGAACGGAGCAGAGUGGGCCUAGGCCUAGGUAUAUGUUGCAGUUUAUGAGAUAUUUUCUUUUACUAUUACGAUUUGUAAAAACCAGUUCUUCUGAUUUCAUAUCAAUUAAUGUCACAAGGUAUCAGUUUUCGUAUUUUUUCCACCCUUAGAUGUACAAGGUAGCAGGUUUAUCAUCGCAUUACGCACGAUCGCUGAAAUCAUACGACAAAGCAGCAGCAUUCCUUUGUUGUGAAGAUUUAUGAUUUUGUACUAAAACCGAUUCCAAAUCCCGUCCAAAUAUGAGUGCAAGUCUGUUCUUUUACAUUUCGUUCACUGAGCGGUGGUGCUGUGGUUUAAAUGAUCAAGCAUCAAGCUAAUCAGUGGCUGACCAGCUGUUGGAGCUCCUGGACCAAAAACGAACUUUCCAAUAAAAAUCACAAAGCCAAUACCCUGUAGCGCUCCCAAUAAAAGACGUCCUUACGGUUCGAAGCUUAAGGACCAAUCCUGAAAAAAGCCAUUUACUAGAAUGUAAGAAUGAAAUCGUCGGUCGCUAGCAUAAGGAGGAAGCGUUACGAAAAUGACAAUGGUGAUUCAAUCAACAAAUUGUAGAGAGUGGAUUCAAAAUGAAUGAUAAUCAAGCUUCAUCUGAGGCACGCAGGUAGAUAGCAUCCGGUAUGUAGCUGUUUGUUCAUGCUACGCAUGAAAGGCCAAUUGUAAAAGCGAACGUCAACCACACUUCUUCCAUCCUGCUAUACGUUAAAUCUUUUAAAUUCCCAUUUUUGGAUCUACUGUUUAUCCAAUACCUAUAAAACCAUAUCCGCCUGUGCAGCGCAGUAACUGCAAUCAUGUAUUAUCGUAAGGAAUGCCGCAGGACAGGGUAACAGCAGAACAUUUAUAACCUCAGUAUAGAAUGGCUUCCAGCGCAAACGCGAUCCACUGGUACGAAGAUUAUAACUUUUGAUGAUAUUCGAAGGCACUAAGGGGGUGGGGAAUCCUUCAGUAACGGAGGUGUUAUGACGGUUCAUUAUCAUGAUUGAUCGAUUCCAAUUGUCUUUGACAGAACAGAUGAUUGAAUGUGUUUAUUAUUGGUAAAUGUAUAAAUCUUUAUGUGAUAAACGAUCAUUGUGUUUGGGCGCAUUUCCGUUCUUCUAUCACAACACAAAUCAACUUGUCCCGAAAUACAAUAGUAGGAUGCGUCCAUAUCAUUCGUAAACGUAUAUGCAAAACAAAAACGGAAAAGAAAAACCCACCAUACUCUAUCUCUAUGGCCAACCUAGCAUUACGGCGGAGCUACAUCGUCUAGCGUUAAUCAAUGUCGUCAUACCAAAUGCUAAUCUCUCUCCACGGAGGGAGCAAGCGCAUGAUGAAUGCUGAGCUUACGAAAAGUCCAGUAACGCCCUUCUGAAAUGCUUAUAUUGCGAUAGGAUACGCCGAACCCCAAUCCCAAUCAAAGCCCUUUCUACUCGAGUGUAAUAAAUGAACAAUAAUAAAGUGAAUUGGAUCUUUCUGUGACUAUUCCUUCCUAGCAGUGAUGUAGUGUAUUCUUAGUUGGGUGUGUAUUAGGAGCUGUACAUUCGCCUAACUCUUACAUAGUUUUCAUCUCAUCCUGACAAAUGUUCGGGUUCAAUCAGACGCUUGAAUAUGCUUUCGAUUUAAACAUUGCCUUUAAUACAGCUUUAUUUGCGUAGUGUUUAAUAAACAUUUUUGCCGGUUUCAAGCCCGAUUUGUGGAGUCAGAAUUUCACGUUUCACGCAUCAGCAUCCUUGAGAAGCUCAAUCCUUGUUUGUUUUUGAAAUUUGUCCAAUACAUAGAUUUCUGAUGGUCAACUUGCUGGUACGGCCCAUUCAAAUUCGCCCUAGUACAAUUAUAGUACCACCAGGCGCCGCGAUGCCA